GAAAGUCUAGCGAAGUUUAGGUCAACUGAAAUGAAGUAUGCUUGGGAUCCACCAGAGGGCGUCCUCGCCUCGCGCGUCGUAGUUUAUUCCGGUGUUAGGUUUAUAGACAGUGUUAUGUGGAGAGAGAUGUGAACCGUCUCUUUUUCUCUCGCAAGGAUAAUAAUAGCCUACUUCACUAACAUUCUCAUUAAUAAGAAUCCUACUAACAGACUGAAUUCUAUAGCAUAGAAUCUUCUGCUGUUCCCUACAAGAUGACCAUGGACCCAGAAAAGAAUAAUCCAGCCUUGACCUCUUCAGCAGCAGCAGCAGCUGCUCAGAAAAAAGCCUCUGAAGCCGAAGGAAACUCUUUGAAGGCCUCAGAGCCUGCUGGCAGUGCAUCUUUGUCACCCACCCUGAGAGACCACAAUGAAGUCAAGUCCGAGGCACGUGACGUUAAUGUCCAUUCAGAGUCAAAACUUGGACUCCCAGAUGAAAGCAAAUGCACAGAAGCCAUUACACUGAAAAAGGAGCUUGGACUCCUUGAGGGAGUGGCCAUGAUUGUUGGCAUUGUGAUCGGAUCUGGAAUAUUCGUCUCUCCUAAAGGAGUUAUUCAGUACACUGGAAGUGUUGGGCUUUCAUUGGUUGUGUGGACUGUGUCGGGCAUCGUCUCCAUGGUGGGUGCUCUCUCCUUUGUGGAACUGAGUACAAUGAUUCCAGAGAGUGGUGGAAUGUACAGUUACCUCUAUGAGGCUUUCGGCGCCUUACCAGCCUUUCUAUAUAUAUGGGUGACUGCUGUGAUCAGGAAUGCUGCUGGGUGUGCUGUUGUUGCUCUCACCUUCUCCAAUUAUCUCCUUCAGCCCUUCUUUGAGUGUGGCCAUAUUCCUGAUAUUGCUGCAAGGCUCAUUGCUGCCUCCCUCAUCUGCUUUCUGUCGUUUGUGAACUGCGUCAACGUGAAAUGGGUGGCUUCGCUGCAGAACAUAUUCACAGCGACGAAGCUUUUGGCACUGAUAGUGGUGAUCGUGUCUGGGAUACUCCAUAUCCUCUGGGGACACACUGAGAAUUAUCGGUACCCUUUCGCCAACAGUAAUUGGAGUGUUGGGGCCAUUGCUACUGCAUUCUAUCAGUCUCUGUUCUCAUAUUCAGGAUGGGAGAGUCUUUACUACGUGGUGGAAGAGCUGAAGAAUCCGGAGAGGAAUAUCCCAUUAUCCAUCAUGAUAUCAACUACUCUCGUGACAGCAGUUUAUGUGUUGGCCAACGUAGCCUACCUUGCCGUCCUUACACCAUCGGAAAUGCUUUCCUCAAACGCUGUUGCUAUGACUUUUGCCAGCCAAUUACUAGGAGUCAUGGCGUGGAUCAUGCCAUUUUUUGUCAUGUGCUCUACUUUUGGAUCUAUGAAUGGCAUUGUGUACACUCAGUCCCGCCUGAUUUUUGUAGGAGCUCGUCGGGGACAGUUUCCAGAAGCAUACUCCCUGAUCCAUGCAAAUUACUUCACUCCUGUGCCAGCAAUUGUUUUGAAUGCUCUCUUAAGCUUGAUGAUGUUUAUCACAUCAGAUAUAGGCCUCCUCAUCAAUUACUCGACGUUCGCCAUGACCGCAACUCAGCUUGCUUGUAUGUGCGCCCUCUUCUGGUUCCGUUACAAGCAGCCUCAUCGAAACAGGCCGUUUAAGGUUUGGUUAAUUCUGCCAGUCAUCUUUUCCCUGGCAUCUUUAUUCUUAAUGGUGAUGCCUUUGAUAGAGCGUCCGGUAGAAGUUGGUGCUGCUCUUGGAGUAGUCUGCUCAGGGCUUCCAGUUUACUAUUUCACCAUACACAGGCAGGACAUCGCCCAGAAAGUCAGCGGAAUUUUAGGGAAGCUGACGUGGCUGCAUCAACUGCUGUUCCUUGGUCUGCCACAGGACAAGACUGAAUGAUGCAGCAAAACAUCUUUCAGAUUCUGCAUACAUUUUUGUGCUCGAUACUACAUCUACUAAUAUGUGAUCCUGCCCAACCAAUAGGCGUUCCAAGGCUUCUUUGUAGCUUUAUUUAUUACACAUAAAAUGUUUCGCGCGCGUGUGUGUGUGUGUGUGUGUGCAAUCAAAUAACUGAUAGGAUAGAAUAUAAAA